AUGCCAUACUCUGUAUAUACUUCUUUAAAACUUGGACCUUUGAAUGAAACUGGUGUCAUAAUUCAACUAGUUGAUAAAUCUAAUGCCUAUCCUAAGGGUGUAGUUGAGAAUAUUAUCGUGAAAGUUAAUGAUUUGGUUUUUUCUGCUGACUUCUAUGUGUUUGAUAUGGGAUAUGGUGAUCAAACUAUCCCCAUUUUGCUUGGAAGACCAUUCUUAAGAACAUCCAAAGCAAAAAUAGAUUUUUAUAGUGGCAUUCUUACUAUGGAAUUUGAUGAUAAAAUCAAUGAAUUUAACAUUUAUGAUGCCAUGAAACAUCCUGAUGAAACUAACCCUGUUUAUUCUAUUAAAGAAACCAUUACAACAUUGAAUCCUUCUCCAAAGUCACCAAAAUCAGGUAAAAGUUCGCAUAUUGUUUUGCCAAUUGUUAAUAAGACGCCUUUCUAUACAGGUUUCCAAAUGGAUGAGGUGAAAACAUAG